AUGGAGAAAGCCCUAAUGCUGCUUCUGGCAGUUGGCCUACUCUCCUUGGGUCACACAGAUGGAGAAGAAAAUAGCAGAGCUUUGUUGAAGGAAAGAACAAAACGUCAAAUUCCAAAAACUCUGACUGUCACCACAAUUUUGGAAAGCCUUUUGCUAUGAAGACAGAAUCAGAUGCUUUGGAAGGAUAUGCCAUUGAUUUUCUCUCUGAACUUGCUCAGUCCCUGGGAUUUAAUUACACUUUACAUAUAGUGAAGGAUGGAAAAUAUGGAGCCAAAGACCAGGAAGGAAACUGGAAUGGAAUGGUGGGAGAAAUCAUCCGAAAGGAAGCCGAUUUGGCCAUAGCACCUUUGACAAUUACUACUGUGAGGGAGAAUGCCAUAUCCUUCACCAAACCCUUCAUGCAGACCGGGAUUGGAGUACUCCUAAAGAAAGAUACAGCCGCUGAGGGCUCAUACCUGUUUGGUUUUCUGAGCCCAUUCAGCAAGGAAUUGUGGAUAGGAAUCAUUAUAUCCUAUGUUAUCACCAGCCUGUGCCUGUUUCUUGUUGGAAGGUUAAGCCCCUGUGAAUGGACUGAACCUGCCACUGAACAGAAUCAGUUCACCCUACUGAACAGUCUUUGGUAUGGAGUUGGAGCAUUCACACUGCAAGGUGCCGAACCUCAGCCUAAAGCCUUGUCUGCCCGAAUCAUCGCUGUCAUUUGGUGGGUGUUUUCCAUCACCCUCCUGGCUGCGUACAUCGGAAGCUUUGCUUCAUACAUUAACAGCAACACCAACCACACUCCAAAUAUUCAGACCGUGGAGGAUUUGCUGAAACAAGAUAAACUUGAGUUUGGGACGUUGAUCAACUCUUCCACUUUAAAUUUCUUUAAGAAUUCUAAGAAUCCAACAUUCCAAAUGAUCUAUGAGUACAUGGACAAGAGGAAGGACCGUGUGCUUGUCAAAUCCUUUUCUGAAGGAGUUCAACGAGUCCGAGAGUCAAACUAUGCCUUCCUGGGAGAGUCCAUCAGCCAGGAAUUUGUUGUGGCCAAACACUGCGACCUUGUUCGUGCUCCAGAAGUGAUCGGAGGCAGAGGAUAUGGCAUUGCAGCAGAACUAGACUCUCCUCUCAUCAGACCUCUGACUAUCGCCAUUUUGGAGCUUUUCGAGUCUGGAAGGCUGGAGUACCUGCGUCAGAAGUGGUGGGAAAACACUUGCUCUACACAAGACCAGACAGGUUGGGUGCCAGUACAACCUCACACUUUGGGCGGCAUCUUCCUUAUCCUGGGUAUUGGCUUGGCUCUGGGGCUUGUUGUCUCCUUCAUUGAGCUUGUGUGUAAAUCAAGGAGCAAUGCAGAUCAACAGAAGAAGUCCUGCUGCUCAUCAUUCGCAGAGGAGAUAGCCCAGCGUUUUGGAAAAGCACAAAAUCAGGAGGGUCUGGAAAAGAAAUCCCCCACUUCGAACAGCUGUGAUGAAGCGAAGGCAUAG